AUGGCGUGUGGGACACUUGUUAUGGGUCUGUGUAGAGAUGGUAGAGUUGAGAGACGGUAUGAGUUGUUUAUGGAGAUGAAGGAGAAGCAGGUUGAUAAAGCAUACAAGCUCUUCCAGAUUGCAAUGGAGGAAGAGGUGGAACCAGGUUUUGAGACUCUGAGUCCAAUUAUGGUUGGAUAUGUGGCGAUGAAGAGGCUGAGUGAUUUCUUGAGUUUGAUAGUAAGAAGAAUGUGCUCAAGGUUUUGUCUGAUACGAAUCCGGAAGCUGAGGAUAGUAAGAAGAAGAAUGGAGAAACGUGGAGACAGCUAG